CCACCCGGGCAUCCUCAGCAUCACCGACACCGGAUUGAGGAAACUGACGCGCCGGUUUUAAAGCGCGCGAGCGUGCUGCUCUCGAGCUUUAUUCCCGCUUCCUCCGUCUCGUGCAGCCAUGCAGCAGCAGCAGCACAUUCACCAUCUUUCUCACCAUCACCUCCACCUUCCUCUUCUUCCUCACCAUCAUCUGUUGCUCUUGGCCGUGCUCGUGGCGCUGGAGCCGCGUGAGCUGGCGGCGUGGGGCGCGAGCGUGAAGUACGCAGUGAACUGCCCAGAGCGGUGCGACCCCGCGCGCUGCGGCGCCCCUCGCUGUGCGCGCACCGUGCUGGACGACUGCGGCUGCUGCCGAGUGUGCGCCGCGCGCCGUGGAGAGCACUGCUACCGCACCGUGUCCGGAGCGCACGGCGUCAAGUGCGGCCCCGGCCUCUACUGCGACUUCUACAAGGAUGAGGACGAGUACGGGGACGAGUACGGCGUGUGCAGAGAUUGCACGUACGGGACGUACGGAGUCGAGUGUCGCCAAACCUGUAACUGUAAGGCAGGAGGACUGUGUGACAGAGAGACGGGCGUCUGUCUCACCUUCAAAUUCUUCUCUAAAAUGGCCAACGCACUCAAGACACAUGAGGGUAACGAGGUGGCGUCAGGCGAUGGCAACAACAACAACAGCAGCAGCAACACUGGAGACGGACACACGGAGCGAUCGUCCACUCCGAAAUGGCUCGCACCUCGCUGACACACUCGGACGGUCCGCAUGUAGCAUAGUAAAUUAAAAAAACGACAAAGGGAUAUAUAUUUUAAUAUGUAUUAAAAAUAAUCUAUUAAUAUUCUAUCAGAGUGUUUUUUUUUGUACACUAUUGUAAUGACAGGAUUUAACCCCUCAUGUUCUGACAGCCAAUAUUUACGCCACAGCGCUAUCCGAUUCUCCGUUCCCAUUGGUCAGAAGGUGUUGAUUCGUUUCUUAUAAAAGCAAACGGUUUAUAUAAUAUCAAAGCGCUCGUUCUAAUACGGUAUCGUUUCUAUAGUAACAGCGUAUCGACAAGGACUUGCACUGCGGACGUUCUACUGAUUAAAAUUUUUUUUGAUAUGGCGAAGAAUUUCUUCUUAAAAAGUUUACGAAUUGUGUUUAAUGUUUAGGGAGGGUGUCUCCAGUGUCAGCACUUUGUAAACAGUCCAGGGUAAAACUGUGACUUUCAUCUGACAUCUUAUUACCUGAGAGAGAGAGAGAGAGAGAAAGAGCGAGAGAGAGAGGCAGAGGAAUGACAUUAGGUUUACGGCUGCUAUGUCGUUAACGUUAAAAGUCUUCCACGGACGUUCGACAACAUUAUAUGUAGCUAGAAACGGAUAAAAAUUACGUGUCGUUCAUUAAUUAAUAAAUAAAUUAAUUAAUAAAUAGUCUGUGGUAGGCCUAUAAGAGGAAUAAAGCACUUCAGGACGUGCUGUUCAAAGUGGUAACAGUGACUACGCUUCAUCACACCACUCUAUCGCUGAUUAUCUUCCUAAAACAGCAUGACACAAGGUGGUUUAUUCCUGGCAUGAAGACUAUUAAUGAAAAGAGCCUCAAAGUUCACUUAUUUUUUCAUUCUAAUGCAUAAACAUGUCACUGAACAUCAGUUCCGUCUAGAUAUAAUUACAGCUAUGUAAAGAUAGUUUGUUAAAAUAAUUUUUUUUUAAAUUUGGUACAAAUUUGAACGUUUCCGAGUCAGAAAGAGCAUGAGGGUUAAAUCCAAGUCAUUGUGUAUACCAAAGCGUGCAUACUUACUUACAGACUCAUGGACAUGUGGAAGCUGUCUCACACACACACACACACACACACACACACACACGCAUACAUAUAUAUAUAUAUAUAUAUAUAUAUAUAUAUAUAUAUAUAUAUAUAUAUAUAUAUAUAUAUAAUGUUAAAGAUAAAACUUAUCUAAAUGUAGUUGAUCAGCUAAGACAUGCUUCGAAAUACUAAGUCAACACACAGCCACGUUGUUCCAUCAUUUUUUCAGCCUUAAACAGACUAGUGGUCGUUUCUGAUGCGCUGUUUUCUAUAAACAUGGACAAAAAGACUUUGGUGUCUGUACGUUAGAAGCGAUUCAGACGAUAAUAAAUUUCGCAUUUGAUUUGUACGUCGUAGUACGCCUCGUCACUAUGUUACCUUCAUAUGGAUCAGCUCCAGUAGAAACUUAUGACCAUGAACAUGUCUUGUCUGAUCAAAUCAACAAUAUUCACAAUAAAGAAGAAAUGUACAGUUAUUAUUUUUGGGCAAAAUUUAUGUAAUCGAAUAUACUGUAUGUACGUAUAUACUAAAGCAACAUAUUUAAGAUUUA